CUAACUUCACUUUUGUAUAUGACUAGGGUGGAUGUCGUCAUUUACACAAAUGGGAAAUGUACAAAGCAGUGGAGUUUUUCCCGCAAACCACACACCACAAGUUUCGGAAAUAGGCUAUAACGUUUUCUGCGGACAACUGCGUUAACUGUGUUGUGUUAUUAGAAGUAAUAUUUUCCUUAUUAUUAUCCUGGUAUGACACCGUAUUUUUGAUUGGGUUAGCUUAGGCUACCUAACGUUAAUACGCUGGUGGGCCAAUAACAUUAGCUACUGUCAAUUCCACAAUAUCUUGAAGGUGCGCAAUGACAUACACAUUAAGGCGUGUCGCUUCAUAGCUGACUGUCGUGAAAACCAGCGUUCGACAGCGUGGAUGGGAAAAACAAAGCAAAGUUUGAUUACCUCACCAUGUGAAAACCACGUGCGAAAUAUAGUAUCUUACUGCAGUUCUGACUUGUUUUGACUUGUUCGAACAGUCACUGAAACGAGAUGCCACACCUCACGGCUGAAACCCCACCUCCUUAACUUGUCAUGAAAUAGACGCCUUCUGAAGUUUAAAUUUCAGUUAUCAAGGGUAGCACACACAGAGCAUAUUUUUCCAGGCACAGCAUUAUGAUUUUUAUGACAUUUAUCCUAAUCUCGGGACUCCUCGUUCUCUAUUUAAUUGCGUGCACUCGGUCGAGUAUUUUGAUUUGCUUAUUAAUACGAGAUCAAAGAAUGAACCACCUUUAGACAAAGGCCUUAUUCCUUGGCUGGGCCAUGCGCUUGAAUUUGGAAAAGAUGCUGCCAAGUUUCUAGCGCGAAUGAAGGAGAAACAUGGUGACAUUUUCACGGUGUGUGUUGCUGGGCACUAUGUGACUGUGCUGCUGGACCCAAGCUCUUACGAUGCUGUCCUCCAGGACACCGUUUCGUUGGACUUUCACCGCUAUGCCCAGGUGGUGACGCAGAAAGUCUUCUGCCUGCGUCUGCCCAGCAGCUGCGCUGCUGCACAGAGAGCCUGGAUGGAGCAACACUUUGAAGGAGAAGGUCUGGCUCGCCUGGGCAAAAUCAUGCAAGAGAACGUCCGUGCUCUGCUCUCCUCGCCUGAGAUUCUCCAGAACCCGACGGACUGGAAAAAGGAGGGCCUCUUCAGCUUCUGUUAUAGACUGCUCUUCAAGGCUGGAUAUUUCACCUUGUUUGGCAAGGAACACGGCAACAACUGUGACGAGCUGAAUGCAGUCUAUAAGGAAUACCGAAAAUUUGACAGCCUGCUGGUAAAGAUUGUACGGUCAACGCUUAAGUCAGGUGAAAAGCAGACGGCCAGUGAACUGCGUGAGCAGCUGUGGCUCCGGCUGUUGGCAGGGAAGGCGAAGUCUGGCUGCUGGCAGCAGAGCUACCGUCAGUUCCUGCGGGAGGAGGGGGCGGACGAGGAGACGCAGGCCAGGGCGAUGCUGCUGCAGCUCUGGACCACACAGUGUAAUGCAGGACCUGCUGCCUUCUGGUUUUUGGGGUUCCUUCUGACCAACCCUGAGGCCAUGGAUGCAGUGAUGAGGGAAAUCAACAGCCUCUCGCUACUGGCGGGAACACAACCGUGUCUCCCCGUGGACAAACUACAGAACACACCAGUAUUUGACAGCACCCUGAGUGAGAUGCUAAGGCUCACCGCCGCAGUCACCAUCAACAGAGAGGUUCUGCAGGCCAAGACUCUGCGCCUGGCGGACGGCCGGGAGUACGGCCUCAGGCGCGGGGAUCGCGUACUUGUCUUCCCCUACCUCAGCCCCCAGAUGGACCCCGAGAUCCACCGGGAGCCAGAGAAAUUCAAGUACGACAGGUUCCUGAACGCAGACGGGACAGAGAAGACAGACUUUUUCAAAAACGGGAGGAGACUGAAAUACUACACCAUGCCGUGGGGUGCCGGGAAUAACACUUGUGUCGGCAGGCACUUUGCAGUCAGCGGAAUCAAAGCGUUCAUAUUUAUGGUGCUGACUUGCCUGGACCUGGAGCUGUGUGACCCGGACUGCAGCAUGCCACCAGUGAACCCCAGCCGCUAUGGAUUCGGCAUGCUUCAGCCAGACGGGGACCUGGAGAUCCUCUACAGGAUGAAAAGACACAGGAACACGACAGAGGGACGAACAUAAACGCUGAUCAAGUUAACUAAAGCA